AUGCCUGUGAUCCCUAUCCCGCGGCGCGUGCGCAGCUUCCACGGCCCGCACACCACAUGCAUGCACUCGGCCUGUGGCUCCGCCCACUCGCCGCAGCUGGCCAGGACCAAGUACAACAACUUUGACCUGUACCUGCGGUCGCGCUGCAUGUACAGCUUCCUGCGCUUCCUGCUGUACUUCGGCUGCAGCCUGUUGACCUCCCUCCUGUGGGUGGCGCUGUCUGCUCUGUUCCUGGUGCAGUAUGUGAGCGUGCGCGUGCUGCUGCGGCUGCAGUACAAACUGUCGGUGAUUCUGCUUCUGCUCGGACACCGCCGCCUGGACUUUGGGGUCCUCAACGACCUCAUCAUCUACAGCAUGCAGGUCACCAUGUUCCUGGUGGGAGGCCUCGGCUGGUGCUUCAUGGUGUUUGUGGACAUGUAG